AUGUCCGGCCCGGCUACUUUUGGGGGACCUACGCGGGUCAUUCUGGACGUCAAGGGGGAUGUGCCAGACUGGAAGGAGGAGUACAAGAAGUUCUUGUUGUCCGUGAAAGACUCCGAGGGGUACUUCCGAUACCGAUGGGGUCCUUGGAAAGAGGACCCAAGCAAACUGGAGAUCCUGGCCACUUGGGCUCCUAUGGAGACCCGCCAGGCCUUCGGCAAGUCCCCGCAUCAUCAGAGAGCAGUCGACGCUCUGAAGCCGGUCCUCGCCGGGCCGACGCCCACCAAAUGCCCCCGUUUCGACCUCGACACCACCACGUUCGUGCCUCCGCCGCCCCAGCUCAUCAACAGCCCUAUCUGCGAGGUCAUCACAGUCCGCCACUGCACCGGCGACCCGAAGGUGAUGGCGGAGACGCUCAAGAGGGCAGAAGCCCUGCCCGGAUGCUACUCCGCCCACUCGGGCGUCGGGGCGACGGAUACCCCCGACCAGGGCACCGUGUGGAUCGGGUUCGUCGGGUGGAGGGACUACGAGUCAAGCGAGGAGGCUGACAAGUCCAUUUACAUGCCUCAUGGAAUGGGAGAGCUUGAGAGCCACCAUAUCAACUUCAACUUCCCCAUCAAGGGGUUUUCAGUCACCAACCCUGGUAGAUAA